AUGGGUGCUUCCCAGGCAGCAGCGAGAGGCAAAGUCAUCCCCUUUCGGUCCGAUUCGCGCUGGCGCAGCUCCGCCAUCACUGCACUGUCACUGCUGCAUAGUGGACUAUGUAUGGCAACGCGGUGUCGUGGCGAUGCGGCACGGCGGACCUCGAAGCCCCGAAAAGUCCUACGUAAAACGAAUAUCAAAGUGCUGAGCAUUUUUAGCACAGCGGAAGAAACGGAUGAGGCGUGA